CUAAGAUUUAUCUACUAUAUUAUUAUUAUUAACAAAAUGCCCGGCCAUUACGAAAAUUGGCUUGUAGUACACAUUGUCCUGGAAGAAAUCGAAUUCGCUCCUCUUAUAGAUGUUGCUUACGUUACAUCUAAAAUCAUGUCGUGCAAAUUCCACGAUAAGGCUAGUCGAAACGAAGUUUUGAAACUUAUAUAUGGGCUAGGUAGCACCGAAGUUGUGACACGAACUAAACGUUUCCCUGACGCGUUUCUGGUUAAUUUGACGCACGGCGAAUUUGCCGAACAAUUAAUUAACGUGCGUUUGAUAUUGGAAUUCGACGAACAACAACUCAGCGAAGAAAAGAAAAUGGAGAGGAGAAAUUCCUAUUACUCAUCAUCUCAGCGCUUACGUACAAUGUUGUGCAACCUGAAACUUUAUCAAGAUCUUUACGACAGAGCUUCUUUUGAGAGAAGAAGUCAAUUGGUAUGGCGAGAGUUACUGAUGGAUGACGAAACAUGGGAGCGCAUAGUAGCUGCUAAUCUCGGAAUCAAUUACGAAGAGGCUCGAGGACAUUAAACUGAUCAACUGUAUAACAUCAUUUUGGUAAGCAUGUUUAACUUUUCAACUUGUGAAAACAAAA